UUGUCAGGUUGUCACUUAGUAACUGACAGUUAAUAAAACCUUGUUUUCGGAGGCAAGCUCAAAGUUUUACGGAAUUAUAUUUCUGUUUGUUUUACUGUACUUAUUGACAAAUGUUUCACUAAAGAAACGAAGUAAAAACUGUUUUAUAAUGUCUACUCGUGAAAUACUUACUUUUCAAUUUGGUCAUUACGCGAAUUAUGUCGGUGCACACUUUUGGAACUUGCAAGAAUUAAGUUUUGAUUAUACUGGAACUGUUAAGACAGAGGUGAAUCACGACAUUUUAUAUCGAGAAGGUCAAACUACGAAAGGUGAAGUCACUUACACUCCUCGGCUUUUAAUAGCCGACUUAAAAGGUUCUUUAAAAACUUUGCCCGAGAGUGGCGGUUUACCUUAUGAGUCAGAAGGACAAGGAUUUUCUUGGGAUGCUGUUGAAAAAGUAGAAGAGCCAACACCGCCAAAAAAUGAAUUCUUAUCAGACAUUGAUACUGAAGGUCCAAGUCAUCAAGAAAAGCAAUACAAUCUUGAACAAGAUGUCAAAACCUGGACUGACUACUUAUAUCCCAGGCUCCACCCAAGAUCGGUGAAUAUUGUCAGAGACUAUGUUCAUGAUGACACUACUGAAUGCUUUGAUAUUCUGCACAAAGGCAAAACAUUAUGGAAACAAGAUUAUGGCGAAACUUUUACUGACAAUAUUCGAAAAUAUGUAGAAGAAUGUGACAGUAUGCAAGGAUUCCAAAUUAAUUUCGAUUGUACAGAUGGCUUUGCAGGCCUUGCUCUCAGCUGUGUUGAGUAUCUUGCAGAUGAAUACUCAAAGUCUAUUCUAGCCUACCCAAUUAUUCCCUCAUAUUUCCCUGAUAAUAAUCCAACCUCACAAGAGGAUAGAGACAAAUCUAAUCUAAAAGAUUCUAUAAGGUUGGUGAAUACUGCACUGUCAAUACAAGAACUAUCAGAACAUGCAACCCUAUUUGUGCCUAUCUGCACUGGUGAUAAAGGCUGGAGAAAACCAGGAAGUCCUAGAAAGUUUGACUACCUGAAUUAUAAUCCUGAACUGUAUUAUCAUAGUUCAGCAUUAUUAGCAUCUGCUAUGGACACAUUGAGUCAAAAAUAUAGACAUAAGAGCAAUAUCUACACUAUGUCAGAUAUCUGUGCUGAUUUAACUGGAUAUGGUAGAAAAAUGGCUGCUGCUUCACUAGGAAUGCCACUACCAAUAAAUGAAAGAGAAUAUUUAAUAGAUUUUUUGAACAACACAACCAAACCAAUUUAUACAUGUAUUACUCCUAGUUGUAAGAUAGCAACAGACAAAAUAUUCCAACUGAUUACUGUUAGAGGAGUGCCAGAAAAUUAUUUAAAGGCACCCAUGAAAGAGGCCAAACAACAAAUGAAUAUCCCAGCUUACAGGUGCACUAAUGUCAAGGAAAUGUUUGAAUUGUACUUCCAGGCCAACAAUUUCCUUUCAGCAACUAAUCUAACAAUAUGCGAAAAACCUUUAGAAGUAAAAACUCCUUUUCCAAAGUUCUUUGCACCUGAACUCAAUAAAUAUGGAUUUGUUGGAAGUGAGGGUGAUCCAGUCAAAGUAGAGAGCUGUCCUGUCGUCGCAGGAUAUCAUAAUGGUAACUUCAUAUCAGACAUGUUAGAGAAGUUACACAGAGAAGUUAGCAGAAUAAAGUUUGCAAAACUGCACAAAUUUAAGCAAGAAGGAUUCGAGUCUUCAGAGUAUAGUGAUAGUUUAGAUAGGCUUGCUGAAUUCAAAGAUAAUUAUGAAGAUGACUUCGAGCUCUGAGUAGUUAUAAAUUCACAGAAGUUUUAUUCAAAUGAACUGCUUUAAAACAACUAAUCAGCUUUAAUAAAACUGUUGUUUAUUAUAUUUGCUAAAUAUACCUACUUACAAUAAUUGUAAAACUAAGGUCCGUAUUACAGAAGGCUACUCAAGUCCAGUUUGAUCUUAAAUCACCUGAUCAUAGUUUAAAUAUUGAAUGUGCACUUGAGGGUCAUUCUUAUUUCAGAACAUUAUUCAAACUCCACUCAGCUGAAUCGAGAUUCAAAUCGCGUCUCAAGCAGAGAAUAUGUCUUGUCUAUGAAUCAGACUGUCUUCGUUUACAAAUUUAUCUUUCCCGAAAUUCUGGUUCAAACCGAAUUAAUAAUUAUAUUGUGAUUUAAAGACGAUUAAGCUU